AUGGCUACUGAAUCGUCAAAUGUCGCCAAACCAUUCGACAUUGUCGCUACAUAUAAUGACUUGCUACGCUCGGAUCCGGACCUGACGAUGCCAAUCGCGGCUAUCGAAGCUCUGGUUCUUCUUCUUACACACUCGCCCUCCUCGACGAUAUCAGAGACAUUAGACUUGUUGGAGAAAUCCACUACCCACUUGAAAAAGUCGAUCCCCAACCCUAUCGGUCUCUCCGCCGGAACCGACCUUUUCCAGAGAUACCUGAUCACAACUCUACAAAGGCCAGGGCAGCUAGGACCUGCGGGUGAUUUCAACGCCAUCAGAGCACACCUGCUCUCCAACGGUCGAUUGUUCAUUCGACGUGCAAAGGAAAGCCGAGACAAGAUUGCUGCAUUCGGAAGGGGAUUUGUGCGCGAUGGAAGUACAGUUCUUACAAACGGUGGAUCCAGAGUUGUCGCAUCGUUGUUGCAACAGGCAGCUGAUGAAAAGGGUGGCCCGUCUGCGGUGCGGUUCCGGGUGAUCUAUGUUCUCUCAUCAUCAACCAAGAAGAACAUCGAAAGCUCCUCCGAAGAGCCCGAGGGUAUGGAAACAGUGCGUGCGCUGCGAGCCAAGGGAGUUCCUGUGGCUACGAUUCCUGAGUCGGCAGUCGCAUAUUCUCUCGGAAAGGCAGAUAUAGUGAUUGUGGGAGCCGAAGGUGUGGUGGAAAACGGAGGAAUCGUGUCGCGAAUGGGAACUUAUCAGAUUGGACUUCUGGCCAAGGCCAUGGGCAAGCCUUUCUAUGCCGUGGCAGAGAGCCACAAAUUCGUCCGACUUUACCCGCUUGGACAGUAUGAUUUGCCUAUUGAUCAGCGAGUCAUCGACUUCAAGAGCGAAGAAGACAUUGCAGACGAAGCCAAGCAACAGCCCGCAGCCAGCCAAUCGGAAGCGACUCCAAAGACCAGUAUGGAUGAUCGCUCUGACGUGGUCGACUUCACCCCUCCUCAUCUGAUUUCCGCGUUGAUUACGGAUAGCGGCGUUCUGACGCCCAGUGCAGUCAGUGAAGAGCUGAUCAAGAUAUGGUUUUAA